AGCAUUUAUUACCAAGAAUCUAUUUAACAGGUUGAGUCGUAAUCAAAUAUAUGUGAUGACUAGGCUGGAUAGAGCCCAUUAAAUUGGGUUAGAAUAUAAUGAUGGAGUUACCAAAAGAUACCAUUGAAGGUCUUAUUAAUAUUUUAAACACAAGCAUUGUUACUGAUGAUAAUUUUUCACAAAUUGUAGAAAUGGCCAUCUCAUAUAUAUAUGAUAAUCCUACAGAAAUAAAAUGCAUUAUCAAAACAUCUGAUUCAAAACCAACUUUAACAAAAAUGGUUUUUGCUGAUGUGAUAUGUUUACUUAUAGAAGCUGCUCGACAUGAUUUAGAUGAAGAAAGCUUAAAAAAUUUUUUAAAUCUUAUAUAUAUUGAUGAAAAAAGGAUUAUGAAAUUAUGUGAAGUAUACACUAAUAAUAAAACAGCAAUACAAUCUCAAUUGGAAUUGAUAGGCAAUAAUCCACCUCACAUCAUUGAUAUAGACUGGCAUUUAGAUUAUUGUGUCAAGUUGGACACAUGCAAUUCAUUAGGUGUUCCUCUUUAUCACGUACAACUUAGUACUAAAAAGCAUGAAACAAUAAAUCAUGUGACAUUUUCAUGUACAAUACAGCAGUUGCAAGAACUGGUAUUUAAGCUCAAAGAUGCCAUUAGAUACUCAGAAAAGCUUACUAAUGUUUAG